CGGAGCGGAGAGGAGCGGCUGCCAUGGGCCUGGGCGCCAGCGCCGAGCAGCCGGCGGGCGGCACCGAGGGCUUCCACCUGCACGGAGUGCAGGAGAACUCCCCAGCUCAGCAGGCUGGCCUGGAGCCCUACUUUGACUUCAUCAUCACCAUCGGGCACUCGAGACUGAACAAGGAGAAUGACACGCUGCGGGCGCUGCUGAAGGCCAAUGUGGAGAAGCCUGUCAAGCUGGAGGUGUUCAAUAUGAAGACCAUGAAAGUGCGCGAGGUGGAGGUGGUGCCUAGCAACAUGUGGGGCGGCCAGGGCCUGCUGGGUGCCAGCGUACGCUUCUGCAGUUUCCGCAGGGCUAGCGAGCACGUGUGGCAUGUGCUGGAUGUGGAACCCUUUUCACCUGCCUCCCUUGCUGGCCUGCGCCCCUACACAGACUAUGUGGUUGGCUCAGAUCAGAUCCUCCAGGAGUCAGAAGACUUCUUUACACUCAUUGAGUCCCACGAGGGGAGGCCCUUGAAGCUGAUGGUUUAUAACUCUGAGUCCGACUCCUGCCGGGAGGUGACUGUAACUCCCAACGCAGCCUGGGGUGGAGAGGGCAGUCUGGGGUGUGGUAUCGGCUACGGGUAUCUGCACCGGAUCCCAACGCAGCCUCCCAGCUGCCACCGGAAGCCACCUGGUGGCCUACCACCUGGUACUCCAUCACCCGGUGCCCCAACACCCGGUGCCCUGCCACCCAGUGCCCUGCCACCUGGUAGCCUGCCACCCGGAUCCAUCCUCCAGGACUUUCCUGACCCUCCCGGUACAGAGACAGACUCCAGGCAGGGUGACUACAUGGAGGCCCUGUUGCAGGCCCCUGGCUCCUCCAUGAAGGAACAGCUUCCGGGGACUGGGAGUCCUAGCCAUGAUGGUGCUCCAGGCGUUGACCACGGGGCACUGCCACGUUCCAUGGAAACACCUCUUCAGCCUCCCCCUCCAGUACAGCGAGUCAUGGAUCCAGGCUUCCUGGAUGUGUCAGGCAUCUCCCUCUUGGACAACGGCAACACCAGUGUCUGGCCCAGCCUGCCCUCUUCCACAGAGAUGGCCUCCACAGCUGUCUCAGCCUCAGGGCCAGAGGAUGUCUGCUCCAGCAGCAGUUCUCAUGAGCGUGGUGGUGAGGCCACGUGGUCUGGGUCCGAGUUUGAGGUCUCUUUCCUGGAUAGCCCAGGUGUCCAGUCCCAACCGGACCACCUGCCUCAGCUGACUCUUCCUGACAGCCUCAACUCUACAGCUUCACCAGAAGAUGGGCUGUCUGCGGAGCUGCUUGAAGCUCAGGCUGAGGAGCCAGCAAGUACAGAGAGCCCAGAUUUUGAGGCAGAGGCUGAGGGGGCGGCCAGUCAGGCCCAGCUUUCUACUUUGGAAUAAUACCCCGGGCUGUGACAAGGCCACUGAUGGCAUUUUACAAGGCCCAUGUGGGGAGGCAGCUAGGGCCAUAUUACAUGGCCUGGUGUGUUCAGCUCCCUAGGCCGCUGCUCAGAGUGACAUGUGGGUACUGCUGCUGGUGGGGGCUGCUGUGUCCACUCUAAGAGAUGACACCUCUCCCCUCCAGCAUUUAUUCUAAUGGUACUGGCUUUGGGGAUUUGAGCACUUGUUUGAGAAUCUCAAGUGCUUUUGGGGUGGUAUCAGCUGGGAGCAGUACCCCAGAUUGAAUAAGUUUGCAGGAGCUGGGGUAGAAGAUGAAAGGAUUCUUUGCUAUUUGGGUGGGGCAUGGAGCCUCAGUGGGUAGUAAGAGGAGGCCACGCGUCUGGGGGAAGGACAUCUGUUGGCUCUUCACCUUUAGUGCCAGUGCUUGCACCUGCUCUGGUUACCAAGGCAACAAGGUUCACAUACGAUCAGAUGUGAACACAGACGAGGGAGGAAGGGGUUGGUGCGGAAUGUUUGCUGAAUCACAGACUCUCCCUGCACAGCUCACAGCUUAGCCCCAUCUGUACUGGGAAGCACCCCCAAGUCCCACUAACUUCAUCAUGGGCCCUCAUCCCAAUGUGCCGCCGUGCAGGUGCUCAGGCUACUAACAUGCCAUUGACAGGUGGAGAGAGGCAGUGCACCUGCCCACCUCUCCUGGGAGAGAGGGCUUGGAAACGCUAAGUUCUUCAGCAGAGACUCACCUGUGCUUGGACCACGAUGCUUCUUCCUCUCCAGGGCUUACAGCCCACAGGCCUGGGAGUCCCCGUGGUGACUCCUGGCAGCUCCCAAACUUACACAACCAUCUCUUAAUGCAAUGUACAAUGCAGCCAGCCAGCCUCAGGGGUGAAUAAAAAUUGCAAGUUAAAGUUCACUAUCUUAUGCUGACUCCAAGCCAGUCCAUCGGACACACUACUCCCAGCCCAAGGCGGGGAUGAGGGGCUUGCAAGAGUGGGUAAAGGCCCUCCUGCAGGAAGACGAGGGCUCCAUCCAAGGCCAGCCCCUCAUACCUGGCGUCCUCUUCUGCCUUGGCUAGGGUCCCUCACCUUUCCCCCACUCCUUGAUGGCUACCAUGAAACCUGCCUUUGGCCUUGUCUUUCCAGUUUCUGCCCAUUGAAAAUUCCCACCUUUACCUCUUGAUUUGUAAUGUCUGCACUUAACAGGCAAUUCACAGAUUCUAUAGGAUAAGGACAAUCAGCUCUUGGGGUGGGGGAGUGGGUGGGCCUAAAGGAGCCAACACUUCAAGUUUCUAGGCUUGAGACUACAUUUAAAGCAAGCUCUUGCCAAGCCUACCAGAACAGGGAGGCGCUGUGUUCAAAGUCCACGCUGGAGCCUGACUGCUGGAUUGUCUGGGAGUCCCAGGUCUACAAGAAUUCAGGACGCAGAACAGAAUCACCCCAGCAGUGCUGAGGCAGGCAGCUCCCAUGACUGGUCACCUGCUUGAAAGUUCGCCCUUGCCCAAGGCUCCUGGUUCUUCCCUCCCUCACUUUCACACCCCGCCUCACCCUAAACUGGGGGCUAAAAUGGGUAUCCAUGCUAACUAUUUCCAGGGUAAGUGAAACCAGAAGUUUCAUUCUCUGUAAUCUGCUAUGAAGGAAAAUGACAAGUGAAAAAUAAAUGUGUACUACACUUUGAAAUAUUUUAACUAAAGCCUUUAUUCUAUACAACUGUGAAAUACAGAUUUUUACCCUUUUGGCAUUGCAGACUGUUUUCUGGAAACUAUUACUGGUUUGACUGGAAGGAAAAAGGUACAACCAUGCUGGGGCUGGGGUCAGAGAGCUACGACAGGAGGGCGCACAGCUGCCCGAGGCUCUGCGCGCAGGGCGAAGUUGCCCAACAGAGCCCGGUCCUGCAGCCCAAGGGCCCCUUGUGCAAACACAACCGAGGGCUGGUAAAUGAGCUAUUCUGGUUUUGUUUGUUUGUUUGUUUGCCAUUAAUUCACAACUAUUGCUAAAAAAUGUGCACCAAAAGUGCACUGUCGUAUCCAACAGAUAGAAAGGAUUUAAAAAAGAAGCCAGCUGCUUUCUGCACGAGGGAGAAAGACUCAUUGGAAAUGUGGCAUGUCUUUGCUCGCAUCUUCAAAGUGCCAGAGGCAAUGACUGGUCCACUUUCCAAAGGCAGCUGACCAGCAGUGAGGGAGCCCUGUCUACAGUUGUGCAGACGGAGUAUCUCAGAUAGAUCUGGACCCAGGCCCAUCAGCUGCUUCCAGCUGAACCUGCGAAGAUGUAGAAAAGAAAAACCUUCCCUACCCCCUCCCCAGUCCCUGCUGUUGUGGGGACAGGCCACACACAAGCUGGGGAGGCAACUGGACUGGAAUAAACUGCCCGCUGAAGGCACUUGUGCUUCUGGCUUCAUACAUGAGGCUUGUCUUAAGUGGUUUUAUGGGGGUGGACCACUGAUCUAUUCUGAAUACAAAUGACGUUGGGGAGAAUCCAAAGUUUUUUUUCUUCCACCAAAAGUUGAAGUAUUUAUCCCCAAUAACUUAUAGUCUGUACAAGAUCCAAAUGAUUCUAUGAAAGCUUUAGACUGCUCGAAGAGUAAAAGGAAAUCUGGAUAUAGGCACAGUAGCAACAGAAACCUGCAUAUAAAAUUGGAAAACCAAACGUGUACUUCCAGGAUAUGAGUAUCAAAUUAACUCACCAUAAUAUCCUUUUAUUCUGACACCAGGAAUUUUAAGUAGCUUCUAAAUGAAUUUAGAAAUGUCAUGGCAUUAAGUUUGGUGGUGUCAUGCUUCUCACCCAGAGUUAGAACCUGUGGUGUCAUCUGGCGCUGCCUGUGCUAACACUGGACACAGUGGAGGAAGGAGCGGAUGGGCGCGUGCCCCUGUGGCGGCGCCGUCCAGGGCACUAGGUGGGGGUGGGGAGUGUGCAGCAUCACUGGGUAUGGGCUGGGUAUACUCUGGCCUGGCGGGCCAAGUGUUAUGAUCCAGCACCUGAAAUUUCAACAGAUCUCUCUAUAAGAACACAUCUGAGAUGCAAUAUUAAAAACAAGCCCAAUGAUAAUCAUUUAUUGUGAAAUGGGCUGGCUCUUGAAUUGUGCAACGGCAAAUUCCUAUUAAAAAGAACUGUCUUAAAUGGUGAUAACGUUUUUUGUUUUUUAAUGACAAACUUGGAAAAGCCUUCAUAGGUACUGCACGAAUGGAAUGUAAUCUCUUAGAAAAGCUACAGAGCAUGUAGGUUUAAAGUUGAAACACAGUGACAGAUGGGCCCUACCGAUGUGUCUCUAACAACUGCUAACAAAGAUAAGGUCCUUUGAAACAAAGGGAGGAAGCAAAGUCUGUGCUGGCCUGUGGUCAGUUCUCUGUACAUCUCCCAAGACAGUCUGCUCGGGGUUCUUCUGCUCUUGCACCCUGCCUCCCAAGGGACAGCUUAAUCUACACAUGGAGACUGGUUUCUAUAUUACAUCUCAAUUAGUCACUGCAAUUGAAAGAGAAUCUCGGUCCAUACCAAAUCGGCCGUUAGAAGUCUUGCUCCCGUUGGGGCUCAGUGGGCUUCCUAGGACUACUCUUGGGGCCAUAGAGGAAGGUCAGUAAAUGAAUACCCAGGAGCGUUCGCCCACCCUUCACGUGGACUUCUGACGGUAAUGGAGGGUGAGGUCACCACCACUCUUCCAUAUGAAGUGUUUCACUGUUCGAAGGUCCAUAUUUGGAUCCAAAACCUGAAUAGCAAAAAAUAACAGAGAAUGUCAAGUCGCUAAUAUCUAAGACCUUUAUUGUUAAAUCGGGGACUGUCAUCAGGGGAUCCAGCUUGUUCUCUCCUCGCCCAUGCCCGGUGGCCUGCUCUUGCUGAUACCACGUCCAUGCAUGCAGGCAUGACCCGGGCACAGUGAGAUGUGCAGAAACACCAUCUUCAGCCAUUCCUCUGAAGAAACGCCUUGAGUGCAUCUUGACUUAAAACAGCUCCACCACUUCUCCACCCACCUCCACUUCCAAUCUUUAACACGGCAGAUGCUGCUCUGCAAAUCAAGACGAUCAUGUGUCUUUUUCUUGUCAGAACAAAGAGCCACCAGCAAGCACAUCCACAUUUGUCUGUGUGUGCAUUUAAAUCUGUGUCCCUUUCCCGAAAACCUCCCCAGGGUAAACAGAUGCUUUAGGGUUGGU